AUGGCCCGCCGGUAUCCCUUCUCCUCCAUCUUGAGCCUCCUGCUCCUCCUCCUCUCGUUGGCUGCCGUGCAAUCCCAGGCCGGAAAGCUACACCAAGAGCAUGGGGAAGCACCGGUUCGCCGCUCGACAGACGGCGUCGUGUCUCUGAGCGGCAGCCUCUUCGAGACAGACAACGUCGUGCCAGGCGAGCAAGCCCAUGCCGCAGCGAGACCUCGCCUCGUCCCGCGUCAGCUUCGAAACUCCACCACCAACGCCAACGCCACGAUUAGCGAAGCGGAGCAGAUCGUCCUCGCGGCGCAGGCCGAGGCCCGCGGAGCGCAACGCCCGGGCUCGUGCCCAAUGUGCGGACGAAACCGCUACGAGUUCCACUCGCCCACGCCGUCCAAGGGCCUCCUGUCGUCCAGCGGCGACGACAACGCCACGGGCGUCAACGAGACGGUGGCCGAGGCGGCGGCCGUGCUGACCGAGGUCAUGAUCCAAAACGGCACGCUCAGCGUCGACGACGAGUCUGCUGCGUCCGACGGCCCGCUGCAGGCCCGUCAGUCGGGUACCUGGUGGCUCGAGGGCAUGACGCAAAACGGCCUGUCGCCCUUUGCGCCGUCGGGGUACAAGGUGUGGCGCAACGUCAAGGACUACGGCGCCAAGGGAGACGGCGUGACGGAUGACACGGCCGCCAUCAACAAGGCCGUCUCGGACCAGAACCGGUGCGGUCUCGACUGCGGCAGCACUACGACGCUGCAGGCUGUGGUGUACUUUCCUCCGGGCACGUACAUUAUCAGUGGAAGCAUCAUUCAGUACUAUCACACGCAGUUCAUCGGACAUCCGACGAAUCGCCCCGUGCUGAAGGCGUCGCCGGCCUUUGUUGGUCUUGGCAUGAUCUCUUCUGAUGUCUAUGUUGAGGGUGGAGAGGGAGCCCAGUGGUACAUCAACCAGAGCAAUUUCCUUCGCCAAGUGAGAAACUUUGUGCUGGAUAUGACAUCCGCCCCUCUCCAAGCAUAUGUUGCCGCCAUCCAUUGGCAAGUCGCCCAGGCCACAUCCCUCCAGAACAUCAAGUUCGUCAUGUCCACCGUCGCUGGUAACAACCAGCAGGGCAUGUUCAUGGAGAACGGCAGCGGUGGCUUCAUGAGCGAUCUGGAGUUUGUCGGCGGCGCCCUCGGCAUGUACGUCGGCAACCAGCAGUUCUCCGUGCGCAACCUUAAGUUCUCCAACCACCUGUCCAAGGCCAUCGAGAUCCACUGGGACUGGGGCUGGACCUGGAAGGGCGUCGAAAUCUCCAACUGCCCCGUCGGUAUCGUCAUGGUGUCGCCCGACGCGACAACAAAGGUCGGCUCGGCCAUCUUCAUCGACAGCAAGAUCACAAACUGCCCCGUGGGUCUCCAGCUGCAGAAGCCGGCCGCCAAGGCCGCCAUCUCGCUGUCUCUCUUCUCCGUCACCACGAGCAACGUGCCCGCCAUCGUCAAGUACGUCGACGGCGCCACGCUGCUCGCCGGCUCGACGGGCACCAGCACCGUGGCCGCCUGGGGCGUCGGCAAGCGGUACGACACGCAGAACGGCGAGGCGUCGGGCGUCCAGCAGUCGGGCGCGUACCCUCGCGCGCCCGUCAUCUCGGGCGGCCUUCUCAAGAACCCCAGCAGCCAGACGUCCGGGUUCUUCGACCGUUCCAAGCCCCAAUCGAUAUUUUUUGUUGCUCGAGGUGUGCUCAUUCGAGAGCACCAAACCCCGUCUGGCUGUACCGGCACGGCCGAGCGAGCAUUGCGUCCUUCUACCCAGUACCAGACGAUCGAUGCGUCCAACAUCUUUCAUGGGCAUGAUCCAGACGGAAGUCGCCCUACUUUCAAAGACACGCCUCGAGCACCGGCGCCGUUCGGCACGGCGCCGGCCAUUUACAAGGCGUCCGAUCCCACCUUUGACUUCUGCAAGCCAGGCGAGCGCAAGUGCGCCGUGUCCUGGGGCGUCAGGAUCGUCAACAGUGAGAAGAUUUACAUCUACGGCGCCGGUCUGUACUCGUGGUUCGACAACUACGACCAGGCGUGCGUCGGCACGGAGGACUGCCAGAGGCGCAUGGUGUCCAUCGAGACGAGCAGCGAUAUCUGGAUUUACAGCCUCAUCACCAAGGCGACGAUCGAGAUGAUCAGCCCCGUGGGCGGAGUGGCCGUCCUCGGCAAAGACAACAAGAUCAACUACUGCGACGUCGUCAUGGCCUGGCUGGGCAGCGCCACGGGCGGGAGCGCGAGCAAGGGCGUCAUCUACCGCUCGCCCAUCUCGGCGACUGUCAUUCCUCUGUCGGCGACGACGGUGCCCAAGGGCGCCACGCUGACGAUCGACCGUCCCGUGGCGAGCAACGUCGUUUCGCUGCCCAAAGAUGGCAACCAGAACCAGCCCAAGGGUCCUGGAGCGUCAAAGUGCAACACCUGCGAUCUGGCCCGCGCCAUAUCCUCAACGUGCUGCGGCACGGGAGGCAGCUUGGGCAACCCCAUCAAUGUUCCCGCCGGCGUUCCGAUCCCGAGGCCUUUCCUCCUCCCGCCCGGCUUUGUUCCCAACCAGCCCAUCGUCGACACGGCCGGCAAAGAGUGGCAGGCCGGCGUUCCCUUGACGCAAGAAGUCGAGGUCCCAGCGGGCACAGUAUUCACCUUCCCGCUCAUCGUCCCGGCAGGCCUCCCUUUCAGUGACAAGUACACACCCGAGGAAAACCAGGACGACGACGACAGCGGCGCCCUCUACCUGCCUGCCGACUUCUGGGAGGGCGAGCACACCGUCAGCUGCCGGUACCCUUGCACCAUCGUCUACCCGCCGUCGGCCACGACGACCACCUGGAUCCCACCGCCGCUGACGACGGUGGUCAGCAGCCAGACCAUCACGUUCACGGUCGAGAAGCAGACGACAGAAAAGGUGCACAUCUCCAAGACGACGGUCAAGACGGAGAGCGGCUCGCAGCCGACCGUCAUUGUGGCUCCCGUCCCGGCGCCCAAGCCUCUCUGCAUCAGCUACACGAUCCCCGUCGUCAACAUCAAGGUCAAGUUCGGUCUCUGCCCGCCCGACCUCAAGCCGUUCCCCCCUCCGAUCCCCAAGGUCACCAUCAUUCCCGUGCCCCCCGGCGGCAAGCCGGGGCCCACGACGCCUGGCAACAAGCCUUCGGAGGAGCAGGAGCAGCAGGAGGAUGACGAGACGCGCGACAACCCGGUGUGCCCCUUUAUCCCGUACAUCUCGGACGACUACGACUCGGGCCUUCCGGGGUACAACCCCUUUGACCCGGAAAACUACGAUCCGGACACGGACAGCUACCCGUGGAAAAACGGCGGCAGCGGGAACAACGGCGGCGGCGGCAGCAGCAGCGGGCCGGGCGCCGGCACGGGAACGCCCAAGACGACGACGAUCCCCGUGCCGCCCAAGACGACGCGCACGACGACGGCCACGACGCCCGUGUCGACGAGCAACCCGGUGCCCAAGCCGACGGACCCGCCCAAGCCGAAGCCGCCGCAGCCGGGCACCAACAAGGCGACGUGCUGGGGCAGCGGGCGGCAGGUGUACGGGCACGAGCUGCAGGACGCGCUCAACAAGUUCUGCGACUACGCCGACGGCACGCGCAUCCACAGCAACCAGGAGUUCGCCAUCGCCAAGUCCGGGUCCUGGUGGUCGAUGCUGCACGUCGGCGUCACGGGCAAGAACAACUGCGAGUUCACGAUCCGCGCCCAGGAGUGCAAGGACAUCCUCAACGAGGUCGUCGGCUGCAAGCCCUACAGCGCCUCGCUGCUGCGCAUCGGCGGCUACGUCGAGAACAACUGCGCCGUCUGGAACCUCGAUCCCGACGCCAGCCUCGACGGCGAGUGUCCGCCGAUCCCCAUUCCCCUUUUGCGCUUGUUCUGCGCCGCAAAGCGCGUGUUUGACUAG